UACAGGCAAAGAAGAGGAAGUGGUAGCUUAGUAGCACAGGCAGACGGGUGGCGGAGGCCGCGAGGGCGCGCGGGCCGGCGGGGGAAGGCAGCAGCCAUGGAGCUGUGGCGCCAGUGUACGCACUGGCUGAUUCAGUGCCGGGUGCUGCCUCCCAGCCACCGUGUGACCUGGGAGGGGGCCCAGGUGUGCGAGCUGGCGCAGGCCCUUCGAGAUGGGGUCCUUCUCUGCCAGCUGCUUAACAACCUGCUGCCCCACGCCAUCAACUUACGCGAGGUCAACCUGCGCCCCCAGAUGUCCCAGUUCCUGUGUCUUAAGAAUAUCCGCACCUUCUUGUCUACCUGCUGUGAGAAGUUUGGCCUCAAACGGAGUGAGCUCUUUGAGGCCUUUGACCUCUUUGAUGUGCAGGAUUUCGGAAAGGUCAUCUACACCCUGUCCGCUCUGUCCUGGACCCCGAUUGCCCAGAACAAGGGGAUCAUGCCCUUCCCCACUGAGGAGAGUGUGGGGGAUGAAGACAUCUACAGCGGCCUGUCUGACCAGAUCGAUGACACAGUGGAGGAGGAUGAGGACCUGUACGACUGCGUGGAGAAUGAGGAGGCUGAGGGUGACGAGAUCUACGAGGACCUCAUGCGCACGGAACCGGUGCCCAUGCCGCCUAAGAUGACAGAGUAUGACAAGCGGUGCUGCUGCCUGCGAGAGAUCCAGCAAACUGAGGAGAAAUACACGGACACACUGGGCUCCAUCCAACAGCACUUCAUGAAGCCCCUGCAGCGGUUCCUCAAACCUGAAGACAUAGAGAUAAUCUUUAUCAACAUCGAGGACCUGCUUCGUGUGCACACUCACUUCCUAAAGGAGAUGAAGGAAGCCCUGGUCACCCCCAGUGCGCCCAGCCUCUACCAGGUCUUCAUCAAAUACAAGGAGAGGUUCCUCGUCUACGGUCGCUACUGCAGCCAAGUGGAGUCUGCCAGCAAGCACCUGGACCAUGUGGCCAGCACCCGGGAGGAUGUGCAGAUGAAGCUAGAGGAAUGUUCUCAGCGAGCAAACAAUGGGAGGUUCACUUUGAGGGACCUGCUGAUGGUGCCCAUGCAGCGGGUGCUCAAGUACCACCUACUUCUCCAGGAGCUGGUGAAACACACUCAGGAUGCAAUGGAGAAGGAGAACCUGCGGCUGGCCCUGGAUGCCAUGAGAGAUCUGGCACAGUGUGUGAACGAGGUCAAGCGGGACAACGAGACCCUGCGGCAGAUCACCAACUUCCAGCUGUCCAUAGAGAACCUGAACAAGUCUCUGGCUCAUUUCGGCCGGCCUAAGAUCGAUGGGGAGCUCAAGAUCACCUCCGUGGAGCGGCGCUCCAAGAUGGACAGGUACGCCUUCCUCCUCGACAAAGCUCUGCUCAUUUGUAAGCGCCGAGGGGACUCCUACGACCUCAAGGACUUUGUGAACCUGUACAGCUUCCAGAUUCGAGAUGACUCUUCCGGAGAGCGCGAUAACAAGAAGUGGACUCACAUGUUUCUCCUGAUUGAGGACCAAGGUGCUCAAGGCUAUGAGCUGUUCUUCAAGACGCGAGAGCUGAAGAAGAAGUGGAUGGAGCAGUUUGAGAUGGCCAUCUCCAACAUCUACCCUGAGAACGCCACUGCCAAUGGGCAUGACUUCCAGAUGUUCUCCUUUGAGGAGACCACGUCCUGCAAGGCUUGCCAGAUGCUGCUGAGAGGCACCUUCUAUCAAGGCUACCGUUGUCAUCGGUGUCGGGCACCAGCACACAAGGAGUGUCUGGGGAGGGUCCCUCCCUGUGGCCGCCAUGGGCAAGAUUUUACUGGAACUAUGAAGAAGGAUAAGCCACAUCGCCGGGCUCAGGACAAAAAGAGGAAUGAACUGGGGCUGCCCAAGAUGGAGGUGUGCCAGGAGUACUAUGGGCUGCCUCCACCCCCGGGAGCCUUUGGACCUUUUCUACGGCUCAAUCCUGGAGACAUCGUGGAGCUCACUAAGGCCGAGGCUGAACAGAACUGGUGGGAGGGCAGGAAUACUGCCACCAAUGAAGUUGGCUGGUUUCCCUGCAACAGGGUGAAGCCCUACGUGCACGGUCCCCCUCAGGACCUGUCCGUUCAUCUCUGGUGAGUAGAACC